AUGCAGCCAACGCAGUUCGUCCGCAACGGCGAGAUAAACAUCCAAGUUUUCGUCCAAGGCGCGGGUUCUACUGUUGUGGUCCUUCCAUCCUAUGGGCGUGACGGUGGUGAUGACUACAACUACUUCACCGAAUCCCUUGUAGAUGCCGGGUACCUUGUGCUACGGCCUCAGCCGAGAGGCACAUUCGAAUCGUCAGGACCUAUGGUCAGCGUCACGCUACAAGAUCUGGCAGCAGAUGAGGCCGCUGUCAUAGACACGUUGGGCCGCGGGCGUGGUAUCGUCAUUGGGCACGCGUUUGGGACAUUCCUCGCCGAGGUGAGCUCUGUCCACUAUCCGGAGAAGAUCUUGGCCAUGGUUGUGGCAGCUCCAGGUGGUACAGACUUACCGCCCGCCAUUGCCAAACUCCCCUUUGUCGCUCGGAACACUUCUCUGCCUCUUGCGAAGCGGCUCAAGGCUCUUGAGUCGGCCUUCCUUGCGCCAAAUCAUGAUGCGCACAUAUGGCUUGACGGCUGGUAUCCUGAAGUUCUCGCCAUGGAGUACGGAGCGGUCGAGGCGUACGGGAGUCUGGCGCAUCAAUGGGCUGGUACCAACUCAACACAGGUCCUUGAGUUGAUUCCCGCCGAUUACCCGUUCCAGCCAAAGUCGGAAUGGAAUUUGACGACGAAUCUCUACCCGGAGCGAGCUACCUCCAAGGUCAUCGCUGACGCAGCCCACGCCCUGUUCCCGGAGAAAGGCAACGCUGUCGUGGAUGCAAUUUUGCCGUGGUUGCAUCAGCAGAGUUCCAAGCUUUGA